AUGGACUCUUCCCAGUUCAACACACUUUACAACACUCAGUCCUCUCACUCACUGACUACGGGACUUAGGAAACUAGAUCUUGGAGGUUCUUCCUAAGGCAUUCCUGGUCAAUCCACCAUAGGGAGCUCAACAAUGAAUCCCUCGCCUUUUUAUUAAACACAAAAUUUGAAUUAGAACUUCGCAUUCCAUCAACAGUAAAAUCAUUUGCAGUCAACUCAGUCAAACCUAAUCAACGAUGACAUCAAUUAGAGAACAGGACCACUUACUUUCGGUAACUCUAUGAAUUCAUUUGGGGUAAAUGGUGGAAACAUCCUAAAUUCUGCUGUUUUAUCUUCAAACAACUAACAUAGCAAUAACAUUUUGAAUUAGUCAAUUGACACCUCCACUUGCUCCAAUGCUCCAAACAGUGCCUUCCACUCACCAAAACAUACUAAUACCAAUAAUUACUUUAAGUCUGGAUAAUCUAUGAUGGGUCACUAUGGAGCUUAGGUGUCAACAAUGGGAGUUGGAGCCAAUAAUGCUACAGGAUUCAACCAAAUGCCCAAUUAAAUCCCAAAUCAAUUCAGCUCAAUCUCAAGCAGACAGAGUGACUAUCAAGAUACCCCACUUAGAUAGCCUAAUCUUAUGGCGACACCUUUCAGUCACCAGACACAACAGUCUUAUUAAAAGUCCACAAACAUGAUUCAUGAUAACAGCUAACAGCACAAGGGCUUUAAGUUUAAUGAAACUUUGUAUGAUAAGCCACUCCUAAUUAGAGUUAAAUGUCAGGACCGUGAAGACUUUGACUAGCAUUUGAAUGUUAAGAUCGCUGUUCACGCCUAGUCUACAACAUCACAGUAGCAGAUUCUUACUCUUGAGCUAACUGAUGAAUUCAAUCCAUAUUUCUUGUAUACUCUAGACUGUCUUGAGUCUGACUUCCAUCAUAUUAAAAUGAAACAGCAGUUCCUCUUUGACUUCCAAAACUUCCCUCACUUCAUAAUUGAGCAAUUAGAGAAAUGCUAACUUUGUGUUAAGCAAAAUGGAGAUCAACAAGUACCCAUGCAAUACAGAAGCAACUUCUGCCAAUUUUAACCUGGACUCUCAAAUGAGGGAUAACUCUGCUUCAUAGAAUAGAAUCAAUACCAAUCAUUGAUAGUGCUAAAUCUAGUGCUUAAAUAAGGCAACGAUGAAUCAUUAAAGAAAUAUCUAGCAGGUAAAUACCACGAGCACAAGCAGAGAGGUAACCAGCUCCACCAAGAAUUGAUGGACACGAAGCACUUGAGUGAACAGCAGAAACUUCAAAAUGAGACUUUCCUCAUGUAAAUCAACCAUCUUACGGACGAGAGCAAGAAGAUCAUCUCCUAGAUGAAGCUAGAGGAGGAAAAACGUCUGCAUGAACUCAGAGAAAAGACACUCAUUGAGUAGUCAGAGAUGCAGAGUCGCUAUGAGCAAGAAAAGAGGAAUAUGUCAUAACAGUACGAGCAGACUUUGUAGGAGAAGGAGCAGCUUUACUCUCAAAGAGAAAAGCAAACCAUGAGUAUGAUUGAGGACCUAAAGAAUCAGUCAAAAGAUAUGCAAGAGAAGGAUUAGAAGAGAUUGAAUGAACUGCUUCAUCAGCUCAACCAAGAAAAGGAAAAUGAGAAGCUAAUGCUUAAUCAGAUGCUCAACAUCAACGUCGGUUAAGAGCUCGAGAACUAGAAUUAAGAUUCAUCUCUAACUGGUGUUCAUUUGACUGCAUAAUUGCUCAUGGUUGAGAGAGCAACUGAAAUCAAACGCCUACAGGAGAAAUUAGAAAAGUUGACUUACGAGCACAAUAAUGUUUUAGACAUUAAACGUAAUCUUGAAUCAGAAAAUAAGGAGAGAAAGGCCAAGAUCGAGUGUCUACUUCAUGAAGUAGAGGUGCUUUCAAAUUAGUUGAAGGACUUGAGAGAUACCAACAAGGGCUUAGACACUCAUAAAUUCACCUAAGAGAAAUCAAUCACUGAGUAUAUGCUUAAGCAUUAAGCACUCUUAAGAGAACUUGAGGAUAAGGAGCAAAUCAUCUAAAAGAUCAAUAGCCUGCUUGAAUCUAACAAAACUUAAAAGGAUAUCAUAGAGUAAAAUCUAGCUAAUGAACAAGCCAAGACUGCUAAGAUGCAAUAAAAGCUUGAAUUUAGCAAGAAUGAAUUGGAAAACGCCCAGAAAAUGAUUGAUAAGUUGAAAUCAGACAAGAAAACUCUAUCUUCUAAAGCUAAAACAAAGAAUAAUGUGAUAAUGUAACAAGAAGCAUAAAUUGUAUAGAAGUAAGAGCAAGUGGAUGAAUAGGUAAAGCUUUGCAAUGAGAUGAGAAAAGAAGUGGAAAGAAAAGAUAUAGAGGUAAGAGAUCUUUUGAGCUUGAAUAACACUCUCAAGCAAAAACUAGAAGAGAGCUAGAAGAGCUUAGAAAGCAAUGCUUAAAUGAUCACUUGGCUAAACAAAUAAUUGAAUGAUAAGCCAGGUAUCGGAAGUAGCAUUUACUCAGGAUCUACCUAUAAGCCACCUAUGUCAACUUCAUCAAUUAAACCACCUGUAAGUGGUGGUGGUGGUGCCUCUACCUUAUUUAAACCAACUUUUGCCUCAAUUGAGCAACUAAACAGUAGUUCCAGCACUCCAAAUCUCGGUUUAGGUGGUAGUAUAGGUGGUGCUGCUGGCGAGAGAUCUGGAACUUCUUAUGAGAGAAGUCCUUUCAGAAAUUUGACUACUACUCAGAACAACUUAAUGAACACUCCAUCAUCCUUGUCAUCAAAUACAAGCUCAGUAGGAAACUCAUUUAUCUCUCAAUAAUCAUCUACUAUCAAUUUGAAGAACCAAGCUUAUGAACAAAAGCCACCUAUUCAAAUCCAAACUAACACAACUUAGGCUUUCAACUACACUCCAAGUGGACUUCCAACUGGCUUAAAGUCACCACAAAACAACGAGAAUGUGAACUCAAACCUCCCAUUUUCACAGCCACAAUUCGUUUCAAAAUACUCUCAAUAAAUCUAUAUACAGGCUUAACAAGAUCAGCUUCAGUAAUAAACCUCUCAAAAGCCACUCAUAACUACCAAUAACAACAUUAGCUCGUCAAUCACAGGAAUGCCUAACACUCUAAAUAGUCAUCAAUUCUAAAGAAGUAGUUCCUAAUCCUCCAUCUCAUCUGGAUCAUCGCACAAUCAAUCAGUUUAUUCAAGUAGCACUGUGAGUGAGUGCAAUUAUGGUAGUUCAUAAAUGGCACCAUAAUAAACUCUAUCUGGUACUAUGUCAUUCAAUCCAUAUCAAACCAAGUACUCAACUCUCCCACCUUAGUAACAGCUCAUGGAGUCUAAAGUAGGUAUGAGUACUAAAUUAGGAGGAGGAAUGGUCCUUGAUGAUAACAAUGACACUCAAAUGAGUGGAGGUGAUGCUUUUUAAGCAUUUUUAUCAAAGACUGACGGCGAAGAAGACGACGAAUGA